GUGCGUGAAAUGAGCGUAUCCGCGACCGUAGGGGGCAUUGGAUUGAUAGGGAUGUUUCCAUCAUGGCGGCAUCCAUUUCAGGUUACACUUUUAGUUCUGUGUGUUAUCACAGCGCCAACAGCAACUCAGAUCAUGAAGGCUUCCUAUUAGGGGAUGUAAGGCAGGAAGAGACGGUCAGCAUCAGUGACACACAAAUUAGCAGUUCGGAGCUGGUGCAGGUUGUAGAAAUCCAUAACCAUGACCCCUGUGGGCAGUUGUUUAGCUUUUAUGACUACGCGGGUAAAGUCAGCGAGGAAACUCUAAACAACAUUCUUAAAGAUAGGCGGAAAAAUGUGAUUGGUUGGUAUCGGUUCCGGAGGAACACGCAGCAGCAGAUGUCCUUCCGGGAGCAGAUCAUCCACAAACAGCUGACUCAGCUGCUUGGUGUGCCCGACCUCGUCUUCCUCCUUUUCAGCUUCAUCUCCACAGCCAACAGCUCCACACAUGCACUGGAGUAUGUGCUCUUCAGACCCAACCGAAGUAGGUACAACCAGCGGAUUACUCUCUCCAUCCCAAAUCUUGGCAACACAAGCCAGCAGGAAUACAAACUCUCCUCAGUACCUAACACCUCAAGCAACUAUGCCAAGGUCAUCAAAGAACACGGAGCCGAGUUCUUUGACAAAGAUGGUGUAAUGAAGGACAUCCGAACAAUAUUCCAAGUCUACAGUGCACUACAAGAUAAAGUCCAGGCUGUGUGUGGGGAGGUAGAGCAAAGUGAACGUGUUCGAGAAAAACUUCAAGACGAGGUGAACAAACUCAAACAGCAGAUUGCUCUCAGGAAGCGUAUGACUGCAGAAGAGGAAAGAAGGCUCCGUGAGGACUCCCGCCCCCCACCUGAGGAGAACGCAGAACCCUGCGAGGCUUCACUUCUCUCCAGGAUAACUUUUGAUUCACCCUCUGCCCCAGAGCGACCCAGCACCUCACCAAACCCCCCGUCGUAUGCUGACCUCUUAUCCCAAGAUGACAAUCUGCUCUCCUCCUCUUCCCCACCAACCAGUGCUGCUCUGUUGCCAAGGCCCCAAGCUGUGGGCUCGCCAGGACACCCAACACCGGUUCCUGUGCAGACGGACCUGGGACUGGGCCUCAGGCAAAGCAUGGGCCUCGGCUCCAGUUUGGGUGCAGUCAGCACUCCCAGCACCCCAUACCUAGGAAACGGUGAUGGAUCAAGCUCUGAUUCUUUAGACAGACAGGCUGCUGGGCAGGAAGACGAUGAGGAGGACGAGGACGACGAUGAGGAUGAUGAAGACGAUGCAGAUGAGGACAGUAGUGAAUAUGAGAACUUAGUGAGUGAAGGAUCUCAUAUGGUCUCAGCCAGCGUUUUAGCUCAAGGCCGACCAGCAGCCCUCAGCCCCGAUGGGGACGCCCGAGGCUCACAGCUCACAUAGAAAUAUGCCACAGGAUGUGGAAAGGACACAAAUAAGUGACACACCUGCUAAGGUGGCCAUCUGAAGCAAUCAAAGAUAAGCAAAUGUAGACAAAAGAAGUGCCAGUGUUGAAAGUGAAAGGCAUGCACAGGUGGUUUCCCAAUGUGCAAUUUGUCUUCUUUUUUUUUCUUUUAGGGAAAACCUUGCAAGGCUGUGGGUAGAACCUGUCCGUUUUUAUAUUCUUGAGGCCAUUUAAGGUACCUAAAUGUGGACCUGAUGAGUUCUAAAUGAGAUGGAUUAAACAAAGCAGUUUAUGCCAGCUGGUUGGCAAAAUUGCUUUUGAUAAAGCACCCCUACACUCUCUUAAUGUUUGUUUUUCUGUGUCUUGUCGCAUUUGCAUUACUGAUUUGAAGCACCGUUUCUUGCAUUACUUCUUGCACAAUCAAUUUUCUUUUGUCGUUCCCACCUUCCUUCUUUUAAGCUAUCCCUUUAAGAAAGCAAAGGGACGUUUCUGCGGCCUUUAAACAUUUUUAAACUUUUAGGCAACAAUAACUGACUUGCAGGACUCUGCUCCACCGUGUCUAAUUGUUAAAUGAAAAAGUUGCCUGUUUAGACGGUGAAUAGAUUUCAUGUCAAAUUUACUCUGCCACUUCCAAAUGGGUGCUCUAUAUAUGUUAUAUAUUUUGUUGCAGUAACAGUUUCUCUUAUUUGAUUAAGAAUAUUAGCAUUCUGUCACUAGCAUUAUUUUUAUGCGCUUUGCUGCACUUAAAACUUCAGAUUCCUUUUUUUCAUUUUGCUUUACGAAUGCUGACAUGUUGUCCUGUUUAAGCACCUGGAGCCAAACUUGGACUCACCCUUUUUUGUUUUUAUUUUACAUUGUUUAGGGUUUACAGGGCAAACACGGUGUACUGUAGCUUUACUAACAAGAUGCUUAAAGUUCCCUUUGCUGCUGCAACACAGAGCUACUAGUAAAAUUGCAUUUGUCUGUUUCUCUUCAUAUAAAACCUGGCUGCUACUUUCAUUUUCACCUUGCUGGUUGUCUCAAUACUACUGACCGGGCUCAUAUAACCACUUCCAACACACUUUCACAGACAUGUCUCUAUUAAAGCUGUAAUGGAAGGCCCUGUGUGUGAAUUUUAACUGUGGAAAUAGAGGACAAUGUCUUGCCUUCUUGUCUUUGCAUAGUUAACAGCAGCGCUAAUGUAUUCUCACCUGCUCGGGCCGGUGUUUUGUGUGUGGACCUAGAUAAUGUGAUUUUCAGAACCCAUCAUGACCCUGCUUUAGUAUACAGUGCCUUCCACUCAGGGCAGUUUAUGCGUCUGCGCUCAGAGCCAAGAUUUCGGAAGUAGAUAAGAUCUUAUGUCUUUUCCAUUAUCAGCUUUCAGUCUCUUUACUUAAAGGUACAGCAACUGUUUUCCUUCCUGAGUAAAUGUUUUCUACCUAAUAGGCAUGGGCCAGUAUAAUAACCUUAACUACAAAUAUCACAGUACGGGUAAUUCUGCAAAGGUUUAUAACGCAUGUAUUGCAUGUUCUUAAUCAUUGUUAAACCAAAAGGCAGCAGAUUCCUGUGAAUAACUGAAUAAUCCUCACUUGUUGACUUGGUUGAUGGGUAUAAGGUUCUUUAGUCAAAUUAUGACUUGACUUUCUUAAUAUAGUCACAGUUUUUCAAUAAAUGUAAUUCACAAAAGUAAUUUUUCACUUAAAAGCAAUUUUAUUAGUCCAACUUUCUAUAUGGGUGGAAUCUGAAGUUGGCUGCUUAGAAAUAUGAGUGUUUCCUACCUAAGCUUUGGUUUCUGGUCCUUUGUGUCAAAACAACUGCUGGUUCAUUUGUCUUGUGUGCAUCUUUUUUCAAUGAGAAAUGUUUGCAAAUAGCGACAUCUGCCUUUGUUGUCAGCACAGGAAAAAAAAAAAAAAAAAAUCAAUAACCUUGUAUCAGGAAGCUAACCAGCAGUGCUCAGCAAGAGAUUGCUGGAGAGGUCACCCAGGGCUCUUUUAUGCCCCCACCCAGCAGAACAAAUCUCCCAACAACCCCAGUUUAUUCUCUGACCUCUUAUUAAAAUGACUAAACAAUCAGAACUAUGGUUUUCCAUUUUAAAACCAAAGUAUAACCUUAAGGUUGUAUGAAAUUUGAUAAACAUGAAUAAAGAUAUUUGAUCAAUUAAAAAGCAGUUAUAAAAAAAAAAAACAUUUAUCCCAUCUAGAAAUGCGUGCUGAAGCUUUCUGUGUUGAAAUUGAGCGACAUGUAGUUGCCUUGUUGCAGCCAGCUGAUUGGCAGACCAAUCUUAUUCUUGUAUUUAUGGGGCUAGUGAGAAACCCAGUUAUCGAGCAUUGUGUUAAAACGACUUCAAACUGUAGAAACGAUAACAUUGAAAUUUUUUCUACAUGUGAGACCAUAACUUUCUUUUUUUAACAAGUAUACCUUGAUAGUGGUAACUGGCCCAUGCCUAUGGUCUACAUCAAGCUGCUUUCUGAGUUCAUUUCCCAUGCUGCUUUGUAGAGCUUCUGUAUGUUAUAGUUAAAAAAAAAAGCUUGAUGGCUUAAAACUGGAAAAGCAGCCAAGUCCAACGAAGCAAAGAAAAUGUGAUGGGUGAAGAACUGAGACGUGCUUUUGCAGAGGACAUCAACGGGAGUGGUGAACAGUUGUGGGACACCUUUGCAUGAACUGGUGACAUUCAGCAUGGACUUAUGUUUGCACUGCACAAGAUAUAUUUUGUGGUGGGGAGAGGCUUUGUCUUGUGAACAAGCUUUGCUUUAUUUAGAUACUGUCAGUUUUGUUUGCUUUUGUUUGCCUGGAUUUGUAAUGCCAAUGGAUCACUGACAAGGAACUGGCACUCAAAAUGUUUCAUAAUAACCUAGUAAUUGUGAAAAGUAAAAUGAGUACUGAAACAAAUGAAUGUAUAUUAGAUAGCAGUGGGGAACGCAUAAAAAGCACUUACUGUCCUGAAUAAGCUUGUCCUAGAUGAGUGAUGUAUAGAGUACCAUUUCUCACAGGUGGUUCUCUUGUAAUCUUUGUUCUUCACAUACAUUGAUCAAGGUUUGUGGGCUUUUGGCGCAGUGAAAACAUGCUGGGCUUAGGUGCAGGAGAUUUAACUUAUUUGAGAAUCUACUCUGUUUAGAUCAAUAUAUUUUCAAGUUGCAGCAUAAUCCGAAUGUAUACUCUCGUACUUUCACUGUAUGGGGUGACAUUUUGCUUCCUCUGUGGAGUCGGCCGUAAUGUAAUCACCUCCAUAAAGCACAAAGUCCAGUGCACACACCUUAGGUUUUAGUUCUUGUUUUUUUUUUUUUUUUUUCCUCUGGCUUUGUGUACAUGAUGAAAGUUGACCAGGGACUUGUUUGGUUAGGCACAGAGAACAAGGUGGUUAAAUUUAGGGAAAAUAAAUAAGACAUUCAUAUUUGA